GCCAACCGCUUCAAAUUUCUUGCGGCAAGAAGGACAGGGGAGCGCACUGCUGUGUGUGAGAGAGUGAGUGUGUGGGGCAGUUUGAAAGCAGAGGGUGAAGGAUCUGUACCGACCUGAGACGGACUGAAAAGAGUGCAAAGAACUUAAGCUACGCGAAAGAAAGCCGCUAAGUAAAGAGGCAACUAUGGAGAGAACAGUGUUGGGACAGCUAGCGGUUUGCUGCACCUUGCUAGCCCUGCAACUGUGUUUGGCUUCAGUCACAGUAAAGGUGACCCCAAAGGUGGAGGUGAUCAAAGGAGAGAAUGUCAAGCUGCCCUGCAGCUACACCAUCUCUGAACCCACCAGCCAGAUAGUGGUCCUGUGGCACAUAGAGACUUCAAGUGGAAGGAAGCAAAUAGCUUACAAGACUAACAAAGAUUCUGGCGUUGAUGCUGGCACACCAUUAACAGACCGCCUAACCAUAGGAGAUGACUUUUCGCUCACAAUCUCCCCAGUCAUGGUGGAAGAUGAGAGGAGCUUUUUCUGCCAAGUGAGCGGGGGACCUCUGGGGGUCUCUGAGGCUGAGACUCAGGUCAAGGUUUUCUAUGCUCCAGAGAAGCCAGUGAUAACCGGAAAUAAUCAGGCCAUCACAGUCAGUCAUGACACUACCACUUCCUCUGAGGUGGGUAAGUGCACCAGUAGGAACGCUCACCCUCAGCCUCGUAUUAUCUGGUUUAAGGACAACACCCCUCUACCUGAAGUAAAGGACCAAAAUGAAAAAACAUACAUGAUACUUGGUGUAGUGAAGGAAGCCUCAGGCCUGUACACCGUGACGAGCUCUCUGUUCAUGCAGCCAGUAAAAGCAGAUGCUGAAUCUGAAUUCCACUGCACAGUGGAGUACAGCAUGCCGAACAACCUGAUCAAACAGGAUAGCUCUGAUAAGUUCAAACUCUCAUUGCUCUAUUCAACAGAGAAUGUGUUCUUCAAACUAUUGAAUCAGGGGCCAAUCAAAGAGGGGGAUGAGGUAAAGAUGGAGUGCAAAACCGAUGGAAACCCUCAGCCUAAAUUUGAUUUUUAUAAAGAGGAAAAAGUGCUAAAAGGUUCGGAAGGCAAUUUAACAUUGAACGUGACUCGGGAGGAUGCUGGAACCUAUAAGUGUGAAGCUCAGGACUUUGAUGCUCUACCAGAGGUUGAACUUAUAAGGACACUCAGCUUCAAAGUGCAUUAUCUUGACCCUGUGGUAGUUGCUCCAGAAGGUCCUCUGCUAGCUUCUCAGGGAGAUGUUGUGGAGCUUCAGUGUAAGACCAAGUCUUCAGAUGAAUACACCCUGCAGUGGAAAAAGAACUCUAAGGUGCUGUCACAGACGGGUGUGUUGACUUUGCAGUCAGUGUCUUUGGCUGAUGCUGGUGUGUAUGUAUGUGUCGGAGCUGUACCGUCUGUGCCAGGACUCCAAAAACAAGCGAGUGUCAAUCUUACUGUCUCAGGUAAACCUGAGAUUGAUGAUCCAGUGAAUGGUUUGGUUGCUAAGGAGGGAGGAAUGGUAACUCUCAACUGCUCUGCUCUCGGUUAUCCUGCUCCACAGUUCACCUGGACACCCUCUGGCAAAGUGUCAGUGACGGUAGUGGGGAAUAAGGUGAUCAGCACAGUCACUCUUGCGACCACGGCUGCUGUUUUGAAGGAUGGUGUCACGUGUGAAGCAUCUAACAAGCAUGGAAUUGACAGCAAGAAGUUCAAAGUGUCCUUGAAAUCAGAUCCAGCGACAGACGCAGUAGACAAUACUGCUAACCGAGGAAACCCUGUGUUUAAAACAGCGGAAAAACAGCAGGGAGGUUCAAGCGCAGUUGUGAUCGCCGUAGUGGUGUGUGUUCUACUGCUCCUUGUGUUGGUGGCUCUACUAUUUUUCCUCAAUAAGAAGGGCAAGCUGAACUGCGAGAAGAAGGACAAAAAGGAUGUGGCAUCUGGGGAGGUGAAAGGUGAUAUUGUGGUGGAGAUGACGACCAAUGACAAGGGCAACGAGGAUUCUAAUCUGCUAAAAAAACCUCCUACAGAAUAGUUUGCAGACCCUGGUAGUGCCUGGUUACUGCUCUGGUCAGCUUCUGCUUUCUCUUCACUACACCAAAUGUCCUCUCUCCUGAAUAUUUUUUACCAAACGUAAGGAACAGUGUAUAAUUAGCAAUUAAAGUCAACUUUUUUUUCAGAUUGCUUUACAAUAGAUCACAACAGUCUUGUUCCAGAAGUAAAAAACUCAUUCACUUUUUACCCUUUUUAGCAACAACUUUAGAAUCCUUUAGAAACCACUAUGAAUGACGCAACCGAGUCGAUCUCUCUACAAUUUCAAACUGCUUGUAUAUUUGAAAAUAUUCAGAUGUUUAGUUUCUAUACUUAUAACCAACCAAUUAAAAUCAUUAGUAUUAUAUUUUUCUAUCAUUGUUAAUCUGAUUACGUCAUUUGCAAUGCUUCAUGUGAUUGUAGUUCAUUCUCUCUUGAAAAAUAAGCUUUUAUUUAAGAAGUGUUUCUGUGUUGUUUUGACAGUAGCUUCUCACUUCCGGAAAAGCAGGUCACUACGUGACCCAAUGUGAUUAAAGACAGACCUACCAUGAGCUUCGAGGCUGUUCAUCGAUGAUACAGUAUGUGCUUCUGCUGAAGCCAUCAGUAUUCUUUAUUUCAACUUCAUUUAAAAAAAUCAUGUUUAAUAGUGGAAUUCUUGGUGUAGAACUACACUACCCAUGAUCCAGCAGAGAAAGAUCCACCAAUCAGAGAAUCGUGGCCAACAAAGCACACCAAAAGAGUUCUACAGCAACCGUGCACUUCCAUGAUUCCACUAUGAAUGAUGCAAUUAAGUCAGUCUCCCUACAAUAUCAAACUACUUGUAUAUUUCCAAUAUCUGAAUAUUUUGCAAUAAAAUUUAAAUAUAUUGUUUCUAUACUUAUAAUCAACCAAUUAAAAUCUUUAGUAUUAUAUUUUUCUACCGUUGUUAAUUUGAUUACAUCAUUUGCAAUGCUUCAUGUGAUUGUAGUUCAUUCUCUCAUGAAAAAUAAGCCUUUAUUUUGAAGUGAUUCUGUGUUGUUUUGAUGGUAGCUUCUCACUUCUGGAAAAGCAGGUCACUAUGUGACCCAAUGUGAUUGUUAAACCGUAAAAGGCUGCUUUUUAAUUAAACAGAUAUGCAGUCUGUAUGUGCCUCCCGCUACAAAGAGAAUUAGCACUCUGCUCACUGUCGUCUGUGACAAACAGUGCGUGCGUUGUAGUUUUUGCAGUUUAAUAAUCACACUAGAACAUGACGUGAUUUUAAUUUGUGUGCUGAAGGUUUACCUAAUGACAUUCGUACGUCAGGUGGUAUCAGUUUUUGGUAUUGGAGCAUUUUUACACAAGCACGAGUACUAGUACUUGAGCGCAGUAUCGGACUCGAUUUCGAUACCAGUAUCAUUAUCGGGACAUCCAUAAAGACUUUAUUUAAAAAAUGAAUGAUGUACUGGUAAAUGUAGCUCACUUAAUUAUGUUAAACUUUACUUGUUUAAAUUAGGAAAAACUAACAUAGAAUCGACUGGUCCUUUUUAUUUAGAGACUGGCAAAUUGUUGAUUCAAAUCCCAAAAAUACUGAGUGCCUUUUUACCAGGUGACCAAGAUUUAGACUUUUUUUUGUUUUUUGUUUUUUUAUUAAAUCAUUCCAU